AUGCCUGGUGGGAGAAACCAAGGCAGAGGCGGUCAAGGUGGCCGCGAAGAAAGAUCUGCACAGCAGACUUGUCGAGGGUCUCAUGGCAAGAAGGCCAAUAGACCAAAGCAAUACCAUCCUCACAAUACUGACUUUACUCAUGGGCAGGUGACAAUAUACUUGCUUGAGGCUAUUGCACUCAAGAGCUUGGACUACGCUCAAGAUAUGAUCUGGAGUGUGAGAAAUAUGGCCCAUGUGGACUUUGAGGCUUAA